AUGGCUUUGUAUGAGGGCGCAUCAGCUGCUGGAGAUGAAAGGAUGACUCAGCAGCAUCAGCAUCAGCACUCUGGCGAAAUUUUCUCUUGUCUGUCCCCCAACACCAACUUCAAGGUGUGGACGAAGGCGUUCACGCAGCGCCACGAGGGCACGUCGUCGGUGCCGCUGACGGUGAAGACGGACGUCUCGGGUCCCGGCGCGCCCGUGAUCUCCAACCUGACGUGCCAGCCCGACGGUAACCUCUACCUGCAGUGGCUGAGGCCGGCGCAGCUCUUCGGCUCCGUCGACCUCUACUACAUCUACUACAGGCCUGAGGACUCCUUCGAGUUCGAGGAGAUCGCCGUGAACUCCGUCAACAACCGUCUCGAGCACAACUUCCUCCUGACCAACCUGACCUACAACACAAUGUAUGAGGUGAAGGUCCGAGGUGGCACAUACUCACGCCUCUUUGCCGAUAAUAACAAGACCUACAAGGGCCCAUUCUCACAGCCUCGCAAGAUCCUCCUGUAUCCAGACUGCCACAAUGCCCCUCCACCAGAUGUCAGUCGCACGGGCUUGGAGAUGAGCGCAGGCAUCAUUGCGGGUAUCAUCUGUGCCACCUUCGCCAUCUUCCUGUUGGUGGUUGCUAUGAUCAUCUGGAGGCGCUUCUUCCAAGGUGCUUACUAUUACCUGGAUGACCCCCCCAAGGCUCCCCCAGUGCUUAUGCAUGACUGGGAGAAUGACACAGGGGGUGAUGGGGCCUAUGGGCCAAUUGAUGUGCAUGACUUUGCCAAGCACAUUGCGGAGCUGCAUGCCGAUGGGGACAUUGCGUUCUCAAAGGAGUAUGAGGCCAUCCAGGCAGCCUCAGCCCAGGAACACCACCCAGCUGAGCACUCACAGCACCCGGACAACAAGCAAAAGAAUCGUUAUCUCAACAUUGUAGCAUACGACCACACAAGGGUUCCCCUGCGCCCUCUCCCUGGACAGAAGAAGGCCAUGGAAUAUGUGAAUGCCAACUACAUUGACGGCUAUGACAAACCACGGGCCUACAUUGGCACCCAAGGCCCUCUGCCCUCCACCUUCGACACCUUCUGGCGCAUGGUGUGGGAGCAGCGUGUCCACAUCAUUGUCAUGAUCACCAACCUUGUGGAAAGGGGACGUAAAAAGUGCGACCAGUACUGGCCCAAGGAAGGAAAUGAAAUUUAUGGCCUGAUUCAAGUGCGUCUCGUUCAUGAAGAAGUUCUGGCAACUUACACCAUCAGAAAAUUAGCUAUUAGACACAUGAAGGUAAAAUGUAAGAAGUCUGGCAGUGGAGAGCGCAUAGUCUACCAAUACCACUACACCAACUGGCCAGAUCACGGCACGCCCGACCAUCCACUGCCUGUACUCUCCUUUGUCCGAAAGUCUGCUGCGGCAAAUCCAGAGGACGCUGGACCCAUUAUAGUCCACUGCAGUGCUGGAGUGGGAAGGACUGGCACAUACAUUGUCUUGGAUGCCAUGUUGCAGCAGAUUCGUGCCAAGGGACGCCUCAAUAUUUGGGGAUUCCUGAAACACAUUCGCACACAACGCAACUUCCUUGUACAGACGGAGGAGCAGUAUAUAUUCAUUCACGAUGCUCUACUGGAAGCCAUCCAGAGUGGAGACACCAAUAUCCCUCGGGCUGGGCUCAGCAGAUAUAUCAGGAUGUUGCAGGCGCCUGGAGGAUCACAGGAGAAGCCCCAGCCUUGGUAUCUUCUCUCACACCAGUUCAAGCUGGUUACACAUUUCCAGCCAAGAGAUUUCAAUGUUGUCAGUGCAGUCAAGCCAGUCAACAGAGAGAAGAACCGCAGCACAGACCACCUGCCCAUGGAGAAUGGCCGUGUGCACCUGACCCCCAAGCCAGGUGUGGAAGGCUCAGACUACAUCAACGCAACCUGGCUGAUGGGCCAUCAGAGACUACGAGAAUUCAUCCUGACACAGCACCCUACGCCAGCCUCCAUCCUCGAUUUCUGGCAGAUGGUUUGGGACCACAACGCGCAGACAAUAGUGGUUUUGACAGCUGUAGACGAGACUCAGGGCUAUCCGCAGUUCUGGCCAGCGCAGCAUGAUGACUUUGACUCUGAGCAUUGGAAGGUGCGUUAUUUGGAAGAGAAAUUGAAUGCUGGGUUGGUGACUGUUGAUGUAGCAGUCCAGAGUUUGCAAGAUGACUAUGAGUUACCGGUUAGAUUAAUUCACGCUCCUGGCUGGCCCCAUACGCUGCCAGCUCUCACUACUACUCUCAGCCUUGUCUCCUUAGUGUCUGAGGCCCAUACUAACUACCAGAAUGGACCUUUAAUAGUUGUUGAUCGGUUUGGAGGGACAGAGGGAGCCACCUUCUGCUGCCUAACUGCCCUGAAGAACCAGGUGGACUUCGAGCAGCACUUGGACCCUUACAUGUUUUCUAAACUUUACCACAACAGAAGGCCAAGUAUCUGGACAAGUCAGGAUGACCUCCUGUUCGUCUACCGGGCGAUGGAAUCCUACACAGCCAGUGAAGGAAGCCACAGUGGAAGCAGCAAUGACAUGGCUGGGCUCCAUGACCCGGUGAUCACCAUGCCUCCCAUCACAACAGUGACUGCGGCACCUGCAAUGCCCAGUGCCCCCUCCCCAGUCCCUCUGACCUCUCCACCCCAGACACCUUCAGCUGCAACUCUCCCUGCCAUCAGCACACCCCCCAGUACGUGUGCGAACGGCCAAGUGCCCUCCAAUGGACAUGCAACGUUAACAGGCAAUGGUACCGUCAGAGUCCCUCCAGAAGGGAUGGAAGAUGCACCACAGGCAACAGAGAUCCCUCCAGUUUGAGUUAUUUGGACUCCCAGUUAGGUCUGUUCAAAGAUCUUGCGCUCUGUCUAAUAAACGUGAAAUGCCUUGAAGAAGUUCUGUUCUGUUCAAGAAGUGUGUUACCAAGUGUUGAACAAGUGCACAUUAUAUUCAUAUAACACUUUUUGUAAGCAUCGGCUUCACCUUAGAAAAGCUGAACCUAUUAGCAAGUAUAAGGAUUUAGUACUCCAAAAGCAUCAGAUGGCAAAAGCAGCUGAAAUGGUCAUUAGUGCUCUCACAUAAAAAGUGUGAAUUGAAGUAAUGCAUAUUACUGGUCUGAGAUUUAGACUCAACAUUGAAAACACAUCAAUGCAUUUAUUGUAUUCUAAUGAAAGACAUUGUUAGCCGUAAGUGAUGCAUUCGUCCUGGACUUCACUAAGCAGUAAAAUUUUGUUAGGUGCGCUGCCCUGUAAACCAGUGUUGACAGUAGCCAGUCUGUGCAUAAAGGAAACGUCUCCUGCCGCUGCUGCUACAAGCCUGUGUUUUAAGCUUAAGGGCAACUUUGUGCUGCUUACCCAGACAACUGCUUAUGUACAGUGUAUAGCUAGUUUUCUAAAAAAGGGAAAAAUUGGCCCACAGAAGGGGUCACCUUUCAUGUACAGAAUGAUUUUCAUAAGUAAUUUAUCUGUGGUGUCUUUCAUUUAUUAUAUUAUUGGUACUUCUUCACAUGCUGCUUUAUAGCUUACCUUUUCUACGUGAUUACAAAGAGAAUGAAAAAAUAAGGGAAGUUUUCCCUACAUUUAAAAGACAUCUAGUCUAGUUAGUGUAAGUUAGAAAAUAGAUAUUUUGGUAUGGAGGUGCAUUUGCCUUGAUUCCAUAGUGCUCCUGAAAAAUUAUUUUUUCAUCUCUAUUUUCAUUUUAUUUAAUAUGAAUACAUUAUUCAUUGACCUCAUAAUGUAGCCAUUUUAUUAAAGUCAUUUGUAAUGUUUAACAAAGACUCAGAAUAAGGCAAGAUCAUACAAUUGAGUCCUUUGGGAGCAUUGCACAAAUGAUUCUGUUUUGUGAGUAUGACUCUUUUUUUCUCUUUUAUUUUUGACACCAAGCCCUAUCCAUAAGUUCUAAGAUACCUCCCUCUUAAGGCACAAAAUAAAUUAAGAUGAUAUUUUUCUUAUAAACUACCAUAAUAAAACCUAGCCUCAAACUACGCAGCAGUAGGUGCCAGAACCUAAGAGGGACCAUAAUCAUCUCUUUGUUGAAAAGCUCUCUGUCAGCAUUUAAAUAUUGGAUGCUCUACAGGAACUUGCUACACCUUGACAGUAUCAUUUAAAGGAAGACACAAAUGAUUUUUUUUUCUUAUUUUCAAAAAAUGAAUUGGAAAGAUUUGGGGAAAGGCACCAAAUAGCAAUUGCAGUUGUUGAAUAUUCGUUAAAUAUUUACUUCCCCUUGCCUUUAUUAUAUCCUAUGAGGUAGGAUGUAUGUACCUUAUGAAUAGGAUUGGAUCAGUGCAGUUCGAAUCUGCUUUCAUACCUAGAAGAUAUUAUAUAGAUAUUGGUUAUGUGCUAUUUAAAACACAGCUGUAGACUGCCAUUUGUUUGAAAGAUCCGUUUACCAGUUUUAUAUGAUUAAUUUAUGUGUAAACACCAAGCUUCCAUGCAAGUACAUACUCAUGUACACACUCACACUUACAUUCAUACUCACACUCAGUUACUAUCAACCACCUCACAUAACACAGGAUAAACAUAGACCAUAAAAGCACAAACUGUUGUUUACAUAUACAUGUAGUAUUAUUAUUGUUUCUUAGGAGUUUUACAGAGAGAUUUAUUAGUUAUUCUGACAUUGAAAUUUGCAUUGUUUACAGUUCGAGUACAAAGAUACUUUUAUUUUAUUUUAUUUUAUUUCAUUUUUUUACUUUUGUAUUUAUAGACUAUGAACUAUAUAUCAGUUGACUGUUUAAGAUGCCAUAGCCAAAGUUUUUUUUUUUUUUUUUUUUUUCAUGAUUUCAUAUUUUUUGUCAGUGAAAAUUAUAUUUAUUCUUACACUUUUUAAGGGACUUGUUAGAUGAAUAACUACAAGAAACCAGUGACAAACAGAAAAUUAAGUGAAAUAGAAGAUUAAAAUAUUAGUUAUAAUGAACCAAAUAUUUAAUUUACUUAUUAUAAGCAAUGUAAUAUCUGUAAGCAGAAAGGUUGCCCCUACAAGUCUCAUUAGCAUGAAUUGAAUAAGCACAGAAGUAAGAUAUGCAUAAAAGCAAUUGAAUUUUUCAGGUAAACACAUGCCAGUGUUUGAUAUCUUAUUUUAGAAGAUGGCUUUCAAAUAUUCAUGUGAAUUUAAUUUAGAAUGUAAUUUAAAGGUAAAGUUUAAAACAAAAAUAAGGGCUGAAGUGAAUUAUCAAUGCAAUGUUGAUGAAAUGUAACGCAGUUUCGUGGGUAACACUCGAAAGAUGGUGUACAUAAAUGCUUCAAGGCGAUGUCACCUAUUGACCCAUCGUUACCCCAUGUCCUUGUCAUGGCCUGUCAGUAUUGUGGACAUUCCCACGUGUUCUUGGGUGCAGUGACAAUAUACAAAGCAUAAGCAGCUAGUUGUGAGUAGACUGUGCUUUGUUUUAGCUCCGGUAAGCUCUGGUAAUAAUAAUUUUCUCAUUGUAAGGGUUUUUCAGUGAAUCCUUGGAGCAUUUAAUAUUCAAGUGUGCUUGAAAUUUGUAUGCUAAUGACCAUCAUAGAUCUUCACACAUCACCAAAUAGUUUUGUAUGUAAUACUGCAGUUUGUGUGAUACAGCCCUAGUGAUCUCUGCAAAAGGCCGUUGUUAGGUUGUGAAUGAAAGUUGCAGAUGUCAUCGGCAUAUCACACAAGCCAUUUUUUUAAUCACCCUUCCAAAGAAUUAAUGGCAUGUAAAAAGCAUUUUUUUAUGUAAAUAUUUGUACAGAUAGAAUUUGUUAGAACUGUGUACCUCAUGGCUUAAGUCUGUCUAGGCUGAGUGCAGCAACUGGGUAUGUGUGUGUUGAGUUAACUUACUCAUGGAGAGUUUUCAUUAUAAAACUAUAAUGUUUAUGAUUAUUACAGUACAUAUAAAAGUGUAUUUCAUAAAUGGAUUUUCAGAUGGGUUUCAGUGUUAUCACUUGGUAGCAGUGUGUGAUGUUUUCUGGCAAUGCGCUUGAUCAUGCAACACGUGCUGUGAUCAAGAGAGAACUGUACAUUUGACAAAAAUUUAGUUAACAGAUACAUGUUAAACUGCACCAGAGCCUGGUCAUGGAAGAUUACUUUGUGAUUUAGAUCAUAGCUUACUGUUCCUACUGUGUGUGUCCCUGAGUAAGGUGCUGACAGCCUCUAUGUAGACUGACACUCUUUACUCUGCCAGUCAUUAUAUUGGAUAUAAAGGAGUUAAUAAAAAGACCAAUAAAGUGAGUGUAAUA